UAUAAACCUGAAGAAAACAGGAAGAAGAAGAAAAAAAAGAGGCAAUGUCUUCUGAUGAGUCAGAAUACACGAUUGGGGGAGUGAAAAUCAUGUUCCCUUGCAAGGCUUACCCUUCACAGCUUGCUAUGAUGAAUGCUAUUGUUAAGGGUUUAAAUAACAGGCAGCACUGUUUGUUGGAGAGCCCCACAGGAAGUGGCAAAAGCUUGGCCUUGCUCUGCUCUGCUCUGUCAUGGCAGCAGUCUCUGUAUGAGAAAUCCCUGCUCACCUCCUCCUGUGAGAAGGAAGACAGAAAGCCAGAGGCCCCCUCGCCGUGUGGCUGCCGCUGUCACUCCAAGAGCAGCGAGGCUGCAGCAAGUGUGAAUCAUGGGGCUUCCUCUUCCUUCAAUAACUCUGAAACAGGAACUUCAAUAAAACCUGGAAGCCCACUGACAAACUCAGAAUGUAAGGAAAAUGAAACCCUAGCCUCAAAACUGUCUGCAAAGAAGAGGUUAUCUGUACAUGACAGUGAGAAUGAUGAUUUUCAAGUAGACAGGAAAAGGAUUCGUCCUUUAGAAACUGAGCAGCAGGUUAGAAAACGUCACUGCUUAUCCAAAGGAGUGCAGCUGGUUGAUGCUUUAGAAGUUUAUCAUCAGAGAAAAAAUGGAGACCUGAUUGUUCAUUCUGAAAAGAGCCUGAAAAACACUGCUUUUUCUCCCCAAACAUCUUCUGGUCCUUGCACUGAGUGUUCCUGUUCUUCAGGAAAAGGAAGUGAUAAAGAGACCAGUAGCACAAAGAAGAAAGAAAAUGAAGAUCACUUGUUCAUCCCCAAAAUAUUUUUUGGAACACGAACACACAAGCAAAUAUCUCAAAUUACCAGAGAGCUGAAGAGGACAGCAUUUUCCACUGUCCCUAUGACAAUUCUUUCUAGCAGAGAUUACACCUGUAUUCAUCCUGUGGUAUCUAGUGGUGGUAGUAACAGGAAUGAAAUGUGUGUAGAAUUGCUGGAAGGAAAACACGGCAAGUCCUGUGUUUACUAUCAUGGUGUCCAUAAGCUCAGUGAACACCAUGCCCUGCAGUCUGCACACAGGAUGUACCAGGCUUGGGACAUUGAAGAUCUGGUGAGCCUGGGAAAGAAGCUUCGUGCCUGUCCAUAUUUUGCAGCCAGAGAGCUCAUGGUGGGGGCAGAUAUUGUGUUUUGUCCUUAUAAUUAUCUCCUAGACCCACAGAUACGGGAAAGUAUGGAAAUUAACCUAAAAGGCCAAGUAGUCAUUUUAGAUGAAGCCCAUAAUAUUGAGGACUCUGCUCGGGAAGCAGUGAGCUUCAGUGUUACAGAAAGUCAGCUAAUAGCUGCUCGAGAAGAGCUGGAUUUCAUGGUCAAUAACAAGAUCAGACAGAAGGAUCAUGAGCCCUUACGGGCUGUGUGCUGCUCUUUGACAAACUGGGUAAGGGAUUGCUCUGGUCAGCUGGUAGAAAGAGGCUAUGAAACUUCCUGCAAGGUUUGGAAUGGAAAAGAGAUGCUGACCCAUUUGCACAAUAUGGGAAUAACUGGUGUUACUUUUCCCAUUUUACAGAAACAUCUUGCUACUGUCUUGGACAAAGAAGAGAAAGUAUCAGUGCUUGGUAAAGAGGAAGUUAUUGAGAUCCCAGUUGUGAGCCCUGCCACUCAGAUUGUGCUGAAAGGAUUCUUCAUGGUUUUUUGGUAUCUUUUUAAAGCUAACAGCAGGUAUGCAGAUGACUACAGAGUGGCUCUACAACAAACUUAUGCUUGGGUGAAUGAAAACCAAGUGGAUGCUUUGGAUACAAGUUCCUUCUUCACACAUCCCAGGCAUAAAAAGAGUUCACGGAGGAAAACCGUGGUCCACAUGCUCAACUUUUGGUGCUUGAAUCCUGCUGUGGCUUUUUCAGACUUAAGUGAUGUUAGAACAAUCGUUCUGACAUCUGGUACCCUUUCUCCAAUGGAUUCCUUUUCUUCAGAGCUUGGUGUGAAGUUUUCCAUUCAGUUGGAGGCAAAUCAUGUUAUUAGGAACUCACAGGUUUGGGUUGGCACCAUUGGUGCUGGCCCUAAUGGUCGGAAGCUCUGUGCCACCUUCCAGCAUACUGAGACCUUUGAGUUCCAAGAUGAGGUGGGAGCUCUUCUCCUGUCAGUGUGUCAAACAGUUGGCCAAGGAAUUCUGUGCUUUUUGCCAUCCUAUAAGCUGUUGGACAAGCUGAAAGAUCGCUGGAUGCACACUGGCUUGUGGAGGAACCUGGAGCUGGUUAAAACAGUCAUUGCAGAACCUCAGGGAGGGGCAAAGAGUGACUUUGAUGAACUGCUGAAAAUAUACUACGAUGCAAUCAAAUUUAAAGGAGAAAAAGAUGGAGCACUCCUCAUAGCUGUGUGCAGAGGAAAAGUUAGUGAAGGUUUGGAUUUCUGUGAUGAGAAUGCCCGGGCAGUUAUCACCAUAGGUAUUCCCUUUCCAAAUGUGAAAGACCUCCAGGUUGAAUUAAAGAGGAAAUACAAUGACCAGCACAAAAACACAAGAGGCCUUUUACCAGGGAGUCAGUGGUAUGAAAUUCAAGCUUACAGGGCUCUGAACCAAGCCCUGGGAAGGUGUAUAAGGCACAGGAAUGAUUGGGGUGCUCUAAUUUUAGUUGAUGACCGUUUCCGGAAUAACCCCAAUAAGUACAUCACUGGAUUAUCUAAAUGGAUUCGGCAGCAAGUGCAGCACCAUGAGAAGUUUGACAGUGCACUUGAAUCCCUCCAUGCCUUUGCCAGAAGGAACCAGAAAGGCACUGAGUGCUCAUCAGAGUGCAGCAGGGAAUUUCUCCAUGGAUUUUCAAAUUCCAAAGACCUGUCACAAGCCUCACAACAGGAGGCAACUAUUUACCUGUCACCAGAUGUUCCUGCUAAAAGUGAGGAGCAACAUUUGGUGUCAGAAGUUCCUAUUCCUGAAACUGUCAGCUCAGUUAAUCCUACAGCAUCAAACCAGCCAAGCAACAUCAGGGCAACAGUGGAACAAAGUGGCCAGAAAGCUGCUGGAGAGGGUCAUUCUCCUCAUGUAACACAAAGAAGAAAACAUGAGGGCUCCACACCCAAAAUGCCAGCAACUGAAGUAGAGAGAGAGAAAAAGAAUGGUUGGACUAAUGCUGGUGUUACAGAAGAACAUUGCUCCUUUAAACCACUGACUUCAACACCUUUGCCUGUAGCCAAGAGCUGCAAGUCCACAGCUAGGAGCAAAAAAAAGAAUGUGAAUAGGCCAAGUGAACUUAGUGAUAGCAUAAAUCAAUGCCAGUCAUCAUUUAAUUCAGAACAUAAACAAAGUGUGCCAGAGCCAUGCUUGGAAACAGAUUUUUCAGUCAAUACUGAGGCUGCAGUUGCUGAAGAGCAUCCUGAUGAGCUGCAGCUUCAAGUUGAGCCCUGCAGAGAGUUUCCUUCAGCAGGAGGGAAAUCUGAACCUUCAAAGCUAAAGGUGCCUGCAGAAGCUGAAGAUGAGGAUGAGAGUAUCUACUUCACACCAGAACUCUAUGAUGAUGAUGUGGAACCAGAGGAAGCAAAAAUCAGACCAUUGGUUCCAGCCUGUAACACAAAUGAGCAGCAGAUUGAAUGUGGAAACCCUAUAAUCUCUGGUGGUCUUUUUGCAACCAGCACCUCAGAAACACAAAGCCUGACUGAUAAAAAGAUGGAUGGUGAUGGCAGAAGCACAAGUUUACAUGGAAAAAUGCAAAAUGAGGGGCCUAAGGAUAGUGGGAUUAAUAAUCUAGAGAGGACUUGUGAAAGAGAAGCAGAGCAGGGAGCCUCUCAGGAGAUGGACAACAAAACAAGGAAAAUCAGUCUUUCCAGAUCCAGAAAUAAAGGUGUGUCAGCUUUCCUGUUGAACAGUGCUAGCACACAGUGACAGCUGGGGGAAAGGCAGUGAGCAGCUUCCCAGUACAGCCUCCUUGUAGAGCAGUGGUGGCUUUCAAGUCCUCAUCUAAUACAUGUUCCUGUCAGCCUCACUUUUUCAUUAUAAUUUAUUGGUUUUCACUGUGGAAGUUAUGCCACCUGCAGUGUUCUAUAGGUAUCAUUAAGGUUCUUCACCCAUAGCUGGAUUUCCACCAUGGGUGGAAAUUCUAAAUAGAAGCCCAAGUUUGACUUGUAAUUAUAGGCUGAGGAGGUUUGUCCAUUACAGAGGUGUAAUCAAUCUGCUAUUGGGUAAAAUUAAAUGAUCAAGGUUUUCUCAGAAAGCAAAACACCUAUAUAAUCAAAAUGUGGUUGGCUCUAUUUUUUAGGGCUUUUCUUUUUAAAAAUAUGUGGAACAGAAUCUCUUACAGAUCAAGUAAUAUGCUAGGUUGAGUCAGGUAUUGAAACAGGGCUUUGUUUCCCUCUCAUUCCUUCUGUCAAAAUGUCUAUCAAAAGCUGCAUAGUAGUAUUUGAAUAUCUUGAUACUUAAUAAUCAUGAGAAGUCUGUCUUUGUUUUUUAUAAAAAUUGAGCUUUCUUUACAGUUUUCUUUUGUGGGAGGAUCAAAUUUCUUUUGGCCAGGUUCUGUCUGUAUUCAUAUUAAAAUGUGUACUCAUUUCUGUGCCCUACAAACACAAUUCCUGUGUAAUACCUAACAAUGUAAAUUUGUACAUAAAAGUCUUUAA